UUUAAACAUCUCUUUGCACUAUUAUUUAGCGCACAGUAGGCUGCAUUUGUACUCUUUCUCUCAGUAAUCUGGUCAGGGUUCAGCGUGGUGGUCUGGACGGAGAUUGGUCAGGUUGAUUGGAGUGUGCAUGGAUGGCUGGUUGGGGGUCGGCAUUAUAAGUGUGCCUCAAUUUGAAAGGAGUGAGGGGUUAGACCCCGCUAAUCCCCGUUAACAGAUUAAUUAUCUUUGGGCAAUAUCGUGUUGCUGCCGUGUUGUGAAGUCGUUCGGGCGUUAAGCUACGAAGGGCUACAAUGCAACGAUAAAGGGUCCCUUAGGGGUGUCUCCCUCAAUCUUAAUCCCUCUCUCUCUCUCUCUCUCUCUGUCUCUCUCUGUCUGUCUGUCUCUCUCACUCUCUCUCUCUCUCGCUCUCACUGAGAGCUCCUCUCUCAUCCAUCAACAGAGGCACCUCUCCACUGUCACCAGACAACCAUCCCAUUAUUGGUUAUUUCAUAUUUAAAUCACUGCAAGAAUUAUUGGCUACAUUUUUUCACAAUCUUGAAAUAUUUUUGGCAUGUCCCCAAGCUAUUUUUUCAGGAUGAUGUUUUUUCAAGAGCAUAAAGCGUUGAUGGCUGGCAGUAUACCUCUUUGAGUGGGUAAAUAUUUCACGGACGCCGGCGUAGAGAAGAGACGAGGAGGAGAGAGAAACCUCCCAACACAACCGACAAGAGGGUGGAGGAGGGGGACCGGUAGCAGUAGAAAAUGGCUGCCAUGGCAACGGUGCCCAGCUAUACCCCUUCGCUGUGGGUGAGGAUGUGUCACGCCCUCCCCCGGCUGGACCUCACCAUGCAGAUGAAGGACAACAUCUUUGUCCCCGACAGCUGGGAGUACCAGCAGACUCUGCUGGUUUUGUCCAGUUUGUCAGCCAUCGCUCUCGUCAUCUCCCUCUUGGUGGUCCUCUCCUUCCUCAUACACUACUGCUGCUGUCACCGUGGCGACCGAAGCGAAGGGUCGGAGGAGGAGGAAGAGGAUGAAGAUGGUAGCACAGGUCACGGUUACAGCGGAAAGAAGGGGCGGGGCAUCUAUUGUGUCACGUGGAUGGCGGUGGCUUCGGUCACGCUGUGCUGGUGA